UCUCUCAUCUCUUUCCUUUUUUCUGCUUCUUUUGUUGCUUUUCUCUGCAUCACAAAUCUCUCUCACACCAUCCUCAAGUCUCAUCAUCUCCCAAUUUCCUUAAUCAUUUCCUCUGUUCUUCACUUGAACCAUCAAUUCACCUUCUCAUUGGGAUCUGAUCCAAUUCAACCAUUAUUCAAUUCAACCAUUAUAUAAUAAUAUAAUCCCACCACAUUUUCACCCAAUCCAAUGCCAUUUUAAUCAUCUUUCUCAUCUGGGUAUCAUCCAUUUUAUCCCCUAAAGAUUCAUAAACUCUUUCAAUCUUGCUCUGUUUUUUCCACCAUGGACAGAGAUUUCUUCCUUAAUUCAGGCCUCCAUUUCCUUAACUGUCCACCAGAUCAAUCACAUGUUGAUAGAUUCAACACUUUUGAAUCUAAUAUGACCUCAAUUGUAUCUUCCCCUGUUUCCAAUUCCCCUGUUUCCCCUGUCACUCUGACUCCAGCAACACCGGCAAUUCGGUAUACUACUCCAUUGAAUUGGCCCAUAGUAGACAGUUUAAUGAGAGAAAACACACCCAGUCUGCGAAAUUCGGCCCCAUUCGGGCCGAAUUUGCCAUCGCUAGCCGCGGAUCCUGGUUUCGCUGAACGGGCAGCGAAGUUUUCGUGUUUUGGUAGUAGGAGUUUUAAUGGUAGGACUAGUCAAAUGGGUUUGAAUUCUAAUUCAAAUUCAAAUUCAAAUUUAAACAACCCGGAUUUGCAGUAUAGAUCUAGUGUUUCGCCUUUAGCCGGUAAGGCGAAAAUGCCCCGUGUUUCGAGUAGUCCUUUAUUGAAAAUUGAUGGAUCUGCAAUGGGGAUUGUUGAUAACAAGAAUGUAAUCAAAACCCAUAUGGCGAAUGGGCCGGGUGGUUCGGGGUGUGAUCAUAAAACCGAUUCGAAUGAAGAAUCCUCUGUUUCGGAGCAGAUGGAAACAGGGUUGAAGAAGAAUGAUUCGGGUUCAAGAAAGAGAAAAGGGGCAGCUUCUAAAGGAAAAGCUAAAGAAAUUGCAUCAGUUGUUGUUAAGGAAGAAGGAAAUGAUGAUUUGGAUGCAAAAAAACAGAGGAAAACAGAGGAGGAUAAAAAUGGUGAAAUAGAGAAGAAAUCAAAGGCUCCUGAACCACUAAAAGAUUACAUUCAUGUUAGAGCAAGAAGGGGUCAAGCUACUGAUAGUCAUAGCCUAGCAGAAAGAGUUAGAAGAGAGAAAAUUAGUGAAAGAAUGAAGCUUCUUCAAGAUCUUGUUCCUGGGUGCAACAAGGUGACAGGAAAAGCACUUAUGCUAGAUGAAAUCAUCAAUUAUGUUCAAUCAUUGCAACAUCAAGUUGAGUUUCUUUCAAUGAAAUUAGCAACAGUGAAUCCAAGACAAGAUUUAGAUAUGAACAGUCACAUCUCCAAAGAUAUAAACCAGACCAAUGGGAAUUUGUCUCAACAAUUAUACCCAAUGGAAGCAUCUACAUCAGAUUAUUAUCAACAAAACCCACAAGUACUUUUUAUUGGGUCUACUCCGAUCACUCACUCUCCGGUGGACCCAGUUCAUGGAUUCACCGAAACAUUUUCACAGUUUGCUGGAUUUGAAGGGGAUGAUCUUAACAGCAUUGUGAAGAUGGGUUUUGGGGAAAAUCUUGAUCAGACGACGGAGAUGAAGAUUGAGCUUUGAUCAGUGGUGGAUCAAUGGUUGAUGUAAAUACAAGUGGAGAGUACUUUUAGUUUAUAUUUGGGUAAUUAAAGUAUUAUUUUGCUAAUUCAUCCACUUUUAGGUCUAAUUCUUUUUUUAAUCAUUUGGUUACUUUCUUGUAAUAUGUGUUGUAUAAUAGAGAGGUUGUGUGCAGUGGAAGGUUAACAUUUAAAUCAUUCUAGAUUUGUAAUAUAUAUUUUUAAAUAUAUAGAAAUUGAAGGCAGAAAUUUACAUUCAUUUA